AUGACUUCUAUGAAGCCGACAGUCAAAUCUGUGAGCACCCUCAACAGCGUUCAGCAAUUAAAGGAUGCUAUGGGACACAUAUUUCAAGACUCUCAAAUAUCAUUGAUGAGCCACAGAAAAUUGGUCAUCGUCAUGAAAAAUAUAUUUAAAAGAGCUAUUGAUUUAGGCUAUCAUGAGUAUUUCGGCUUAAUAUUCACUAAAUUUGUCAAUAAAAUUCUUGCAUUAAAGAAAGGUGAACAAGUUGGAGAUAGAGUUGUCAAAUUCAUAGCACUGUUCGUGAGGACCCUAAAUAGCGAUGAAUUAGAGCGCAAGGCAAAAGAAGACAAACUAGAUCAAAACGAAGAAUAUGCAGAUGAUGAUGAAGAGGAUUCGACUACGGAUUUGUUUUUGAAAUACCUUAUUAACCAUUUAUUGAUGGGUAUAGAAUCGAAAGAUAAAAAUGUCAGAUUUAGGGUAGUUCAGUUGUUAGCGUAUUUGGUGAAUCAGAUUUUGGAAAUAGAUUACGAUACGUAUAGGGUCCUAUAUACCUCUUUGAGUAGAAGACUAAACGACAAAGAGCCAAUGGUGAGAAUUCAAGCAAUAAUUUCUUUAGCUAAAUUUCAAGUUUAUGAUAUGGACACUGAAGAUGAUGAAGAACAAGGCCAUGAAGAAGAGCCACUUAUCUCAAAGCAUCAAAUUGAGAAGAUGCUCGUGUCCGCCAUAAAAAAUGAUGAGAGUGCAGAAGUACGAAGAGCUUCCUUGAUAAACCUCACACGAACAAAAGAAAACAUACCAUUUUUAUUAGAAAGAGCAAGAGAUUCAAAUUCAAUCAACCGUAGGUUGGUUUAUUCACGAAUAAUGAAAGAACUAGGAGAUUUCAGACGUUUGGAUUUUCACUUUAGGGAAAGCUUAUUAAAAUGGGGCCUAAAUGAUAGAGAUGUAUCUGUACAAAAGGCAGCCGUGAGAAUGUUAACUGAAGAUUGGUUUAAUACUGUUGAAGGUGAUCUAUUAAAGCUUAUAAGUGAAUUGCACCCCACGGAAAGCGAAUCCGCCUCGGAUGCUAUGAUAUCGUUUUUCGAUGCCAAACCUGAGAAGAUAGGUGACGUUAAAAUUAAUGAAAUUGAUUGGAAUAACCUAGUACCAGAAGAAGCAUUUUUAUUAAGCACAUUUUACUCAUAUUGCAACCGUAAUAAUAUCUAUGAUGCCAUAGAAGCCAACUUCCCGGAAUCUGUUGACUUGUCUGAAACGUUACGAAAACAACUAGAACUCAGAACCAGCUUUUUAAGGAAUAACGUCGAUACCUUGGCAAAGCAUGAUGCAUUCAAGCAAGCAGUUCAGGAAAUAGAGAAUGAAGCGUUCCCUCUCCAAACAGAGAUGUUCAAAGUGAAAUACGAGAUGGACCAUAACUUUAGAAACUUUCAAAAGGCAGAAAGUACUUUAGAGAAUUUAAACUAUCAAAUAACGCUUUACAAAAAAAGGAUUAAAGACUUAAGCAGUGGAAUUGAGGUAAGGCAAACUCUCAAAAAGGGAUCGGACCGCGAACUAACAGAGGAAGAAUUUUUUUUGUCUUUGGCUCCAAGAGAUCUCAGGAGUUACAUAAAAGAAAAUGAAGAAGAUAUAAAAUCAUUGAAUGAUUCUAUUGAGAAUUUUGAAACUAAUAUUUUUAGAUCCCAGCAAAGAUUUACCGAAUUAGAGGAGAAAUUCGCUAUUAUUUCUAAUAAACGAGAUGCAGAGAUGAGUCGCUUUAAUUCAAAAAAUAAGGAAUAUUUGCCGUUCAAAAGUGAAUUGAAAAAUAUUGAAUUUAUAGUUGAACAAUUGUUACUUAUAGCAAAGGACUAUGAUUUCAGUGAUGAAAUUGGUAGACGGAAAAUGUUGCAAGUCAUUCGGAUAAGUCUCAUGGAUGACAAUUUGAACGAUAGACUCACAGAACUCACAUUGAAAGUCUUAAGAAAAAUAUCAAUUAGUGAAAGAGACUUUACGACGAUGUGUACUGAAAUUAUAAAUGAUCUUAGAGAUUCCUUUGAUAAUGAAGAUGACUCCUUUCAUUCAGCGAUUUCUGGUUUUGACAAUGAUGAACAGCCAGACGAAUUUAUUGAUUCAAAUACAAGUAAAAAGAGAAAAGUUGAUGUAGCCCCGCCUCCAAAUGAAGUUAUCGUGCAGUGCCUUAUAAUAGCACAGCAUGCUUUGGAAUUAGCAGAGGAGCCCUUGGAACAUAAUUUAUCAUUAAGUUCGUUGAGAUUCAGUUUAAUAAACUUCGCAAUUCAGCAAAUGGAUAACGUGACAAUUUACACUCUUGGCUUGAAGUGUCUUGGCCUCUUCACUUUGCUCGAUCGCGACUCUGUCUUCGAUUCAAUCCAGCUUUUUAACCUCAAGUUACGGGACGGCACUGAGGAGGUCAGGGUAAUUGCAGUGAAGGCAAUGGUUGACAUUCUAUCAACGUAUGGACCAUCAGUGAUUAAGGAAAAGAUGCUAAUUUAUUCCUUAGCUCGAAACUUUCAUAAGAAUUUAAAUCAGUUUGACAUGCCAAAGCUACAGUGCAUAGUAGCGGAAGGAGUUUGUAAGCUCUUUUUAGCUGAUAUUUUUUCUGACUCAUUACGAUCUGAUGACGAAGGUUUUGAAUCUACGAAGCAGUUAUUUGAAUCUUUGAUACUUAGUUAUUUCCAUCCAUUGACAGCCAAGAAUCCAGAGUUGAGACAAAUUUUAGCUUUCUGUAUUCCUGUUUAUGCAUUCAGUCAUGUCAAUCACCAAGUUCGGUUGGGUACAAUUACCGGCGAUUGUGUCUUUCGUAUGUUCUUGGAAGAUGGAGAUUUUAUGAGGUACGAAAAUAAGCUUGCUCCUAAUACUCUCAUACAGCAAUUAAUAAAUUGGUGUGAUCCUAGGAACUUGGUUAAUGUACCUUUGGAGGAGGUCCAUAGUCUGCCUUCUCAUGUGCUUCAGGCAAUAUCUUUGUUACAAGCCGUAGAACAGGAAACUCCAAAGAAUGUCAAAAAAGCCAUUAUCAACAACCUUUCUAAAUUUGCCAUUUAUGAAGAGUUAAGCUCGAAGGUGUUAGAAGGAUUGUUAACUAGUCUUACAGAUACAAAAAGUUGUUUCGAGGCUAAUACAAAUAACUCAGAAUUUAAUUUAGAUAAAACUACCAUCAGAAAUUUUAACAACUUUCACGACAAUGUACGCAGCUGCUAUGAAAAAUCUGUGGCUAGAGAGUUGAAAGAAGCCAGUGAAAAAGGCAGUAGAUCGGUUUCGGCUAACGCCUCAUCAACAUCGCUACUCAAUGUGAAAGACAAAGCAUCUGAAACCAAUGAUGUUGAUAUGGCUAGCGAAAGGGAAGCAGCCUUGAAUGACGUACCUGGGUCUGCUACUGAUAGAGAAACAAGUUUCACAGACAAAAAUCAGUCGAGUUCAGUCUCUGCAAACUCAAGCCAACAAAAUAUAGAUAAUACGCUACGCAAUAUUGACAAAAUGUUAGCGGAAGAGGAUGACGUGGAAUAUGAUAUUUCUAUGAGUGAUUAA